UGAAGGUGACACUUUUCUGGUAUUGAUAACACGCCUCUGCCGAAUUAUGAUAUGAAACACACUGACAAGUUAAACAAAGAAAGUGUAGGUAUAGUAUGUUGAUAGCAGGGCGUUGGAGAUAUUAAAUCAAAUUCCAUCCUUAUUUACCUAGAAGUCACUUUUAGACCUAACUAAUCGCAAAGAAGGGUGUAGGUUAGUUAAUCGAGCACUGAUCAACUCGAUGGGCAAAAAUGGCGGAUGACAAGGAUCCCCUGAAAAAGUUGAAAGACUUGACACAGCUCAAAAAUCAAUUGGAGGAAAUCCAGAAGAGAGUGGAGAACGAAAUCUCUGUAGGAAUUCCUCAGGGUGGCUCGCUGUUGGGAUCUCCGUUCCUGAAGGGCUUCCUGGCUGGUUAUGUAGUGGCUAAGCUGCGCUCUUCCGCCAUCUUUGGGGUGCUGCUGGGGACAGUCACUGGCAUCUACGCAGCACAGAACUAUCAAGUGCCUAACAUUGAAAGGACCGUCAAAGACUUUCUCAACAACUUGAAAAAAAAAAAGUAAUUUGGGCAGGCCGGCAAAAGCCUGGUGCUAGUUCUUGUUUGCUCAGUGAUGGACUGCAAUUUUUGCAUUUUAUUUAUGAUGUAGGACUUCAAUUUGCAGCGUUUGGUCCGUCACGUUUCAUGACAUUCAUUUGUUUGCUCCUUGUGAUCGCCUUAAGUUAACUGCACUGAAAUUCAUGUAUUUAAUUUUGUGUUAUCAACAAUGAUUGCGAUCCAGAA